AUGGCCACUCCGCAACACCAACCUCACGUCUCCGAAGAAGCCAUAGAGCUUUCCGACCUCCGCAAAAGCUCAUCUGCCAUCCCACUAGUCCCUAUCGUCUCUUACCAUUGUACAAACGACCAUAAAGAUAUCGAGCCUAUCGCGCAAUAUGUGCUCCCUCCCGUAGACGGAGGGAAGAAAGAAUCGAUCUUUCUAGUUGCGGCUACUAUGAUUGCGGUAUUGGUCUGGGGUAUCCUGUUUGCUGUUGGCGUGCUUCUGGCUUUUUGGACGUCGACGCUCUUCCCGAACCAGUCGAGCUCCACUCUGACCCUUGUAGCGAAGCUCCAAACCGGAUUGCUUUACAUGAACUCUGCUGUCAUCGGGCCAUUCCUGACGGCAGUUCCGCGAUGGCAGAGAACGUUCCAGGUCAUGGGUAUCCUCGCUGCCUCUGUUGCUUUGAUGGCUAGUGCUUUCUCCUCGAAGCCUUGGCACAUCUUGGUGACUAUCGGAUUGUUGUAUCCUCUAGCGGUACGCCUCUCCCACGCGAGCAAUCUCUCGGAGGAGCAGAGGAAAGCGCUCGAGAGUGUGCCAAGCCGUUCGCGUGGUUCGGCGUCCACCCCUUCCAGGUCAGCUCAAUCGCAGAGCAAUCAGUCGAUGUUCCAGCCCUCAUUCUCGAAUCAACAAAGCGAGGCAGAUACCAUGUUUAGUAGCUUCUCAAGGAUGGACUCUGGGGACCUCGAAGAGAGGGCGCCCAAGGAAAAGUAG